AGAGAUUGAUAGUAGUGUUUGACUGCUUGGGGUGUUUUCUGCAUGAAUUUAUUUAUCAGCAGUAUCUCAUAAUUCGCUGAAAAGAAAUUUCUCUCUCCCUCUCUGUCACUCAAAAGACAAAGAAUUGCCCCUGCUUUUGUUAAUACUUCAUCCUGUGUUAAACAACUGAAAGCUAGGCAAGCUUUUGAUAUAUCUGUAUAUUUGUGUCGUGUUGUAUUUGCAAUCAUCGUAGCCGUUGCUUCACAACAAGCAUAGUUGCUAGUCAUUCACAAAAUAAAAAGCAGACUGGUGCCAGGUCAUGUAUGUAUGACAGGAAGCCCAGUGGUGGUUCAUAUUUGCAAGAAUUGACAGAUGCUGGAUAAUGUACAUGAAUGAAGUAAGCUUUGGUUAUCAUCCACAGAGAUGAAAAAGUACAAGCCUACGCUUCAAAUGGAAAGGGAUUGGUUGGUGCGAGGUUCCAACUUGAUUACCCUAGUGUUGGGGCGACGGAAACUCUUAUGAUGGCAGCAUCUUUGGCCAAGGGAAAUACAGUGCUUUCAAAUGUAGCUCAAGAACUGGAAGUGAUAGAUCUGGCUCAUUUCCUCACAAGAUGUGGAGCUUCCAUCAGAGGAGCUGGCACCCAUGAACUUUAUAUUUCCGGAAGGGGUCAGUUGUAUGGUUCCUGUUACAGCAUUAUGCCUGAUCGGAUAGAAGCAGGCAGCUUCAUGCUUGCAGCUGCGAUUACCCGCUCUUGUAUCUCGUUGUCACCCAUCAUUCCUUCAACUAUAUCCUGUUUGAUUGAAAGGCUUUCUAGUGCAGGCUGCAAAAUUGUAUCGUACACUGAUGACACCUUGGAGGUUUCAGCUAUCCCUGAAAAAUGUGGAGAUGAUUUGCAACGCUUUGACAUUAAAACAGGCCCAUUUCCUGGUUUUCCUACAGAUCUCCAACCCCAGACUAUGGCAUUCCUUGCAACAUGUAACGGUCCAAGUAUGGUGGAGGAAUCUGUGUUUGAAAACCGCUUGGGUCAUGGCAUGUAGUAUGGAUAAUGGAGCGAUCAAUCAUUGCACUGGAAUUCAUGUCCACUCUUGUUCACAUUCUUGCUCAACUGCAUCAGCAAAUACAUAUUUUAACUUGUAGCUACACACGUAUUCCUGUUCUAAUCUAGGUAAAGGAAUUGAGGAAAUUUGGGCCCAGAAUUCAUGGUUGUGGAAGCACCGCUUUGAUUUUUGGAAAGGAGACAGGAAGUAGUUUCAAAGGUUCUCAAGUCAUGGCAGCUGAUUUACGUAGUGGAAUGUCUCUGGUUUUGGCGGGGUUGGCUGCUGAAGGAAUAACUGAAGUAAGCGGAAUAUCUCACAGUGAUCGUGGAUAUGAGAAUAUGGAGAUGAAGCUUCAGAAUGUAGGAGCUAAUGUCAAGCGUUAUGAGUCCUCGACCAAAGCUUGUGCAAGAACUUCGUACGGCAUUGCCUAGUUGGAAUGAUUAGUUGGGAAUGUUCAUCUGGAAGCCCGUAAAUCAUCCAGGUUGUGGCAUUGCUAACUAUUCAUAUCUGACUAUCUUACUAACCUAUCACCAAUUCUCCAACUGCAUUGAGCGCUUAAUCUCUACUUGUUCCCAUACUGGCUGGAUCAGAAUGCCGAUCAGUUGGUAAAAGUUUGAGUUCUGCGGUCUGUUGGACUUGAGUUUUAUCUCACCAACCAACCGUUCAGUUUGUUGGGUUUGGUGGAAUAAAAUCCAAAUCCAACAAAAUAAACAGUUGUGAGAUAAAACUCAAACCCAACACAGUAAACGUCAGUACGGUUGAUAAGUUUAAAUUUGCAAAUUCAGUUUAUCAGAUGUAACUAUUUGGGCUAGUAUGAAUGAAUGAUUAAAUGGUUGAUGUAGCUUUAAGGGGUUACUGUUUAUCCCUAUUCCUGUGGGGUUUGCUGUAUUGAUCUCACAAGUGCGGGCUACAUGUAACCAUAUCAAAAAGUAAAUGGAAAGAGUGUAAUUUCAAUCUA